CUCCAACCCACCUCACACCACCUGCCCCCUCUGCUGGCAAGAGGGGACCUGAUUCAUCCUCACACUUAACACCAUUCCGCAUGACUGAUUAAGACAGAGCAGAAGAGAACUGAAACUUCUUUGCCUCUGCAUUUCAAAAGUGAAUGAGCAAUCUCUCUCUACUGUUUCAAAAUGUUUGCCUCACCCAGGAGGGCUGCGUAGAGUCCUACAGCUUCCUUUUUCCUUACAUCUGUAUAAUUCCUGUUGCCAAAAUCUGGCCCCUGGUAAAGGCCCAGUGGUGGUGGCAAUGA